CUUAUAUUUCCGUGACUAGUUAAACACUUGGCGAAGCAAAUAAUUCAGUGUCGUUCAUUUAUUUAGUUUGUUUUUGUACUUAUUUCAGUAUAAAUCAGGUUAAAUCAAGUUUUUGAGCUAAAAUGUCCUGUCCAGUGAUUCAUUCCGCAGUGGAUUUGAACCAAGCCAUGCUCCCUCUGGACUGGAUUUUGGGCACAUGGGAAUCAGACGAGCCCGGUGAAGGUUCAUUUCCCUCCAUCACGCCUUUCCGUUACACUGAGACGCUGCAUUUUACUCACGUGGGCCAGCCUGUCAUCAACUUCAUGUUUAACGCCUUCCAUGCUGAGAGUAAAAAACCUCUGCACAGGGAGUGUGGUUUCAUCCGGCUUCAGCCUGGAACCAACAACGUGGCCUUCAUCAUCGCUCAGAACUCAGGACUUGUAGAGAUCGAGGAGGGGGAGCUGGUAGGACAAAAACUGACCCUGCAGAGCCAGGCGCUGGCCAGGACGUCAUUUGCCACGAAGCCGCACGUUCAGCAGAUUUGUAGGCAGAUCCAGCUGAGAUCUGAUGGCAAACUCGAGCAGGUCGUGUCCAUGGCGCUGGAGAACCAGCCACUGACCCAGCACCUACACAUCACCUACCGCAGAGCUUCCUGUCCUCAGAAGAGUCCAGUGGAAAACUGAAGAGUGGUGAUGGGGUGUCCAGCAAGCACUUAUUAUUAAACCACACAUGGUUUAUUGCACUGUUACAUCUGGUAGCUGGUGAAGGCUGAACUGUUACUGGUGGUGGGAUGAGACAAGACUAAUGUAGCUAAAAAAUGUAUAAAAUUGUGUUCUUUUCUUUCCAUUACUUUAAUAUGGGUGUGGUCAUACACUGAAUAUCAUAAUAACUACGACUGUGCCAGCACUGAAAGAUCGUCAUGUACUGGUGUGUAGGAGCACCACUGAUGACAUCUUGUAUAGCAGGGUGUGGCAUUACGAUUCUAUUAUUAUAUCCAACAUAAAUCAUACAGAAUCAUAUUUUGUUCUCGGGGAGAUUCAUGUACACGACUGUUCAAAACAGUUCAGCUUAGCUGUAUAUAAACUGACAUUCCAGGUUAUAAUCUAAAUCUGGAUGUUUUGUCUUUGCAUAUCUCAUUCCCACACCUGAAUUAAGUCCCAGCCACACAUUAUUUUCAUGUAUACGAGAUGUCACCAGCAGGGCUCAGUGGUGUGAUUAGUUGAGUUUUGGGGGUUUUGGAGUUAAUCACUAUUUAGGUAGCUUUUUCUCUAAUAAUCGUUGCGGUAUUGUGUUAUACAUUCUGUAAAAUUAAUAAUAAUAGGUGAAUGGAUUAAUCAGGAACAUGAAUUAAUUGACUUUGUACUGGAAUCUUUAUAUGAUGUACAACAUGAGCUAAACAGAACAAUAAUAAACUUAUAAUAAAUGCA